AUGGGAGUGGUGAUGGGGCGUAAUGAGAAGGUGAACAUCCCUCAUAUGUAUAUUAAGUUGGUGAUGGAUCUUGACAAGCUUCGGAAGUUCCAUUGGGGUCUUCACUCCUACGACUUUCUGCUCAGUUCCAUUGACAAGGCUAGGAAGAGGUUGGGUAAGAAGGACAGCUACAUUUUCGAGGGUUUCUCAUAUGCUAUCCAGAUUUGGCUUAUGGAAGCAAUUCCGGAUUUUGGAGAAAUAUGUGGCAAGAGAGUCUCAGACAGCUUCAGAGGUCCAAUGUGUGGCAAUUGGAAAGGAGUUGCAAAAGUUUCUUAUCAAGACAUCACAAAACUUGAAGACUCUUUUACUGACAAGAGUGUCUUGUUCUCCGUCAUCUCAGUGAGAGGUAAUGAUGUCUUGAUCGAUCAAAUUUACAGAAGGAAGGGUGAGAUGGAAGAUGAACGAGUCGACCUUAUCCUGGAGAGGAUAAGGACAAAGUUUGAUUGGAGCAACACAGACUGGGAAGUUAUAGAAGCCGAAGACACUGUAAUGGAGGAAGCUGUGAGGGAUUAUAUUGAUGCAGAAGCUGCUAAUAUUGGCGAGGAUACUGAUGUUGUAGCAGACGAGGAGACCUCUUCGGUUGAGGUUACAGGAAAAGGCAAGAGAAAGGUUCAUGACGAAGGAGCGGAGACAAGAAAGAAUACAUCUGUCACGUCCUUGGGGGAGAUGCUCAGCGCGAAAAUGGAAAAUAUGGAGGCGAAAAUGGAAAAUAUGGAGUCGAUGUUUACGGAGAGGAUGGGUAAGAUGGAGAGCAUGGUGUCACAGCUGAGGUCUGCAAUCAGGUUGAGUGCAGAAGGGAGUGAUCCUAGCAUGAGCGAAGCUGAAGAAGAUGUUGUAAAGAACAAAGGUGAUCAAGCUGCAUCUAAGAAGACAGCCGCUGAAGCUCCAUCUAAGAGCAAAGGCGCUCAGGCUCCAUCUAAGAGCAAAGGCGCUCAAGCUGCUUCUAAGACCAAAGACAACCAAUCUCCACCAAAAAGCAAAGGCGGCCGAGCUCCACCAAAAAGCAAAGACACUCAAGCUGCACCAAAAAAGGCUGGGGAAAAGAUUGCUCUUGAAACUAAUGAUUUUGAUUUUGGAUUGAAUACACAAGACUUGGGGGACCUCCCCCAAUCUACUUUUGUCGAUGGUUUUGAUCUUUCUCAAGUUAAGGUUGAAAAGUCUAGUCAAGCAAGAGCGUUGGGCAAGUCCAUACCGCACUUAGUUGACGAGACAAGAGGUACGGCCGCGGAAACAGCCCCAGAUGCGGCAUUGGUGUUUCUCGGCGAAGAAGAUUGGGCAAAAGUAACAAAGUGGUCAACUUCCCCCACACCAAUACGUUGUGGACCUACUAUUUUAGAUACUGACGUUGUUAACCGUCUUAUGGAUCCAUUUGAGUGGCUGAAUAAUUGGGAGAUUGACGCCGCCAUGUUCGUAUUCCGGGAGAGAACAUCUCUCAAUCGAUGGAAACCGUUUCGAGUAGCUUUCAUGACGACGGUCUUCAGAAAUAUGAUUAAAAAAGAGUACAGUCUUCUCAAAGGGGGUAGGAGGAAAUACAAUCUUCACAAUUUGCUAGUUGAGUACGGCAAAGGGGUGCUUCCACCACGUGGUGCUACACAUGAGAUAUGGAACGUAGAUGUGGAUCGAAUGUAUGUCCCUGUUCACGUUAGUGGGAAUCAUUGGAUCGCCUUGUGCAUCUCUUUCGCGACCCGUAGUAUUGAUGUCUUCGACUGCUCGGAUAGAAAGCAUUACACCGAGGUGGAGGCUUUCGCAAUUAUGAUUCCUCGUAUUGUCAAGGCAGUACAGCCGGCAAAUCAUCAGAAGGAUUUCCUUAUCGGUGCAUAUACUGUUGAAUAUGUGAAAAUGGGUUCACUGAAUAAAAGUGCAUGUGAUUGUGGUGUUUAUGCAGUGAAGUUCAUCGAGUGCCAUGCGCUUGGAUUGGAGUUGUCUUUGCUGAAUGAUGAUAACAUCAAAGAAGCUCGACAUAGACAGUUGUGGGAUCUUUGGGAAGCAGCUAAUGACCAGGAACUUGUUGAGAAGAUGUCAAAGUAUGAACCUCCUGCUUGUCUUUCUUCGACCUACCAAGAGAUUCUGUGA